UUGAACAUAGUUGUGAACGAUGAGGAUUGCCGAGCACUCGCGGGUUUGAGCAUGCGGAGCGCGUGGGACGGAGGCAGGUUCGGUGAUGAUGCUGACGGCGGUGUCGACGGUGUCGCCGCCCAGAAUGGUGUGGGGAUGAACGGAAGGCGGAGCGAUCAGGUAAUGAAUGGAGGCCGGGAUUGCGAUGGUGCACCCAGUGAGAGAGGAACUGGAUUUAAGCAAUUGAAGUUUAGAGAAUCUCACAGGACUGGAUAUGCACGUGCAAACUAUUGGAGAGCUAACAAAUCUGGGGGGAUGAUGGCAUUAUCCAUGUCAGCAAGAGGUGAUUUCGAGAAAAAUGAGGACCAGGAUCAUAAGGAAGUCAGUGGCAUGGUCCAUGCUUGUGCUCCAUCUAAUUUAGCAGUAACUCAAAAAGGACGUAGUUUUUCUCUUCCCUGGUAUAGGAAUAUAAUUGAUGUGAAUAUCAAUGCACUCAAGGAGAAGCCAUGGAGGUAUCCAGGAGUGGAUAUAACUGAUUAUUUCAACUUCAGUCUUGAUGAGGAAAGCUGGAAACAAUACUGUAGCUCUCUGGAGCAAGUAAGGCAGCAGAGCUCUUUGCUGUCUAGGAUCCCCACUUACGAGUCUUCAAGUCUCAAUCAGGAGGAGUUAGUUCAGGAAGGUAUGGCUGAUGGAGCUGGUCAAGUUGGAUCAGGAAGGACACAUGCACCCUCAACUACGGUAUCUCUUGAUAGACAAAGCCUGUUGACAAUGCAAAAAGGCAAAGCAAUUGAGGUUGCAGAAAGCCUCGGUGAACGACAGCCAUCUAUGGUUCUAAGGCGCCUGCGAUCAUACGAUGCCGAUGUAGUUAUAGAGGUUGCUUUGCCGGAUCCCCCCAAGGAUUAUUCUAUGUCAAACAAAAAUGGGCACAAUACGUUCUCCAGAGAAUUGGAUAAUGGGAAACUGCAUGUGGAUGAUAGUAGAAAUACUUUCCAGCCUCAUAAAGCUGACAACGAAGAUGCAUUGAUGCCUCAUACUGUGGAUGAGGACCUAUCUGUAGAUUGUCUGGAAGAAAAUGCUAGAAGGUUCAGAGAGUCAGUUAAAGGGACAAGGUGCUUUGAGCUGACAAAUGCAUCUAGUCUCAUUGAUGGAUCGACAUCUGGAGACAGGAAGAACUCUGAUGGUGAUGACUGGGAGGGUCAAAAGGCGUAUAUCCAAGAUGCAGAAGGAAAAGCUGUGACUGAAGAAACAAUGAAAAAAGCUACUCAAGGGGUCUGUGGCACCUCAUUUAUAGCAGAUUCAUGCAUAAUUCAGGCUGAACCUUCUCUAGGGGACCGGAUUCAGCUUAGUUUGUCUUCACUAUGCUUUGAAAGUGAAUCUGAAGCAUCUGAAGAUAGCGUUUCUGUUGAUCUUGGAAAAAAAGAUGAUGUUUAUCAUAGAAACCUGUCCUUUGGCUCAAGCAAUGACUUUCACGACUCAAGUACCUGUGACAAAGCUUCAAUCAAAACCAAGCCAACCCAUGGUACAUAUAAUCCGAGAUGCAGAACUCACUUUCGAGUGGGAAAUGUUGGUGAACCAGAUGCUUUCAGUGAUAGUGAUGAUGUUGCAUCCAACUUGUCUGACUCUAGGGGCAUCAAUGAGUGGGAUGACUUGGUGGUUGAUCAUAGCAGAUGGAAUAGGAGACAGGGUGCAAUAGAUCAUUCUUGUGAAGAACAUGUUCCAUAUUCUAGAGAGAGGGUAUAUGGUAGUGAAAGGUUUGAUGACCAUUCCAUCCAUACUUUUUACAAGUUGUUGAGCAGAGGUCAGCAUACAUCAAGAAACGAGCUAGAUCAACAUUUCAGAAGGAGUCAAGGGAAAGGGGAAAACUUUUUUGGAGGCAGGUUUAGUAAAAAUGGCAAAGAUCUCGAAAGGGAUGGGAACCAUAAAGCAAAAUGUAAACGCAUGGAGGAGAGGAAUUCUUAUUCACAUAAAGAGUUGAGCCAAUUAGUUUCAAGGUAUUCCACUGACACUGCUAAGGGAAAGGAUACUCGAUCAAAGCUGAAGAGUGAAGAUCUUCAAAGCAAUAAGAGAACCAAUCAUAAUGGUAGGUUUCUUGCUAGGCACAGAGAAGAGUUCAUGCUUGAAAACCAUAGAACCUCUCUCUCUCCCACGGAAUGGGAAGGGGAUUAUUUGGAGAAUAACUGUGGAAGAGAAUUACUUUACUGGAGAGAACUGAAGAACUUUGAGAGAAGAGGUGGACAUAGAGGCAAUCCCCCAUAUGGUAAUGAUUGGCUCAUAGAAUCGGAAGAUGAAUGCCAGGAAUACAGAGAUCAUGAGCGCCUCUCCUCCCAGCUGUAUGGAGAAUCUCAUGCACCUGAGAAAAGAAGAUGGGGUGAUACCAUGUCACCAAGGGAUGAACUGAAUCACUCCAGAUUAUUUGGACUGUACAGGAAGUUCCCGAGGCAAUCCCAUUCUGAUGAAGGAGGAGAAAGUCGUCAGUCUCAUGUUUAUAGUAAGAUUGAUGGCGCUGAUGAUGGUAUUACUUUUUCUGGAAAUCAUACAUGUGUGGGGAGAAGAAAAUAUGGAUUCCAGCAAUCACUUCCUUGGAGGAAUGAUGAUAAAUUCCAUCUGAAGCAUCAAGACGAUCAAUUACAUGCUGAAGAGGCAUCAUUAUUUUGUGGAAGAUCAACAAAUAGAUGCGUCAAUCUUAAAUAUAAAGAUGCAGAUUGUGGGAUGGUUGAUAAUGGUAUCAAAGAAGAGAGGAGUUGGUUCAGAAGGUCAAGCAGAGGAAAUAGUGCUCUCUUUCUGAAUGAAGGAUUUUCUGUUAGCGAUAAGACUAAGCAUGAUGAGACCAUGUCAAUGUCUGGGAAUCCAGUUAACUGGUUUGUCAGGGAAGGAAAGUCCUCCAGAAGAUACAACAAACAGAGAAAUCAAAGGCACCAUGUUAGUAGCAAAAUCAUGGAUCUCAGAGUAGCUGGGACGGAUCCGACUUUGAGGUACAGAAAUACAUCACAGAGGAGAGAGGCAGCUGAAUCUGACUUGCCAAACUCUGUGAGCCAUCAGGCUGGUAAGAAAUGGGUUGACAAAUUGCCGGUUAGUGCAAAAAUUGAAGAUUCGGAAAUUGAGGAUGACCAGAUUGGGAUGGAAGAGCCAAGUACUGAUAUUGCUUGGGAGAAGAAUCAUGUUCCUGGUGACAUAGCUGUGACCUGCAACGUGAAGAAUAAAAAGAAGGACCUAGAAAAAGUCCCGAGAUGGAUAAGGCUAUUGGUGGAAUUGAUGAAACACGGAUUGUUGAGACAAUAGCAAAGAUGGAAAGAAGAAAAGAGCGGUUCAAGGAACCCCUCACUUACAAAAUGGAAGUCGAGGUGAAAACCAAUCGCCAAGUUAAUUUGAUGCCGGAAGUGACUGAAACGAAGCAUGAGCGACCAGCUCGCAAGAGGCGCUGGGGUGGAAGUUGAACACCUCAUAACAUGGGCUUCAUUUCAGAUAUCGUUGCUACACACAUUACACAGGACGGGUCUUGGAGAUUCAGAUCUCUAUUGAUCAGUGUGAUGCUUAUAUUGCAUCCGUGCUGGAAAUUCUCUAGAUUUCGAGAUUGUGGAGACAGUCUACAACUAAUGUCGGGCUCUAUCCUUUCCAACCCGACGAUGAGCAAUCCCCUCCGAGAUUGCAGAAACAGUCUGCAGUCAAUGUGAGACUCUAUAAGCUUUCUCCGCACGACAAGCAACUGCUCUGCUCCUUAUAUUUCUCGAGGAAGCUAUGAGGAAACUUCGCUGCAUUCGAGAUGCUGCAUGAAGUAGAAGACAGCAAGGAAGGGCAUGGAGUAUCUGAAUGCUACCAAAGACUGCAGGUACAAUGAGACAUUCAUAUCAUCGACCCUCCUAUCUGGGACAAGACAGUUGUUGUUGGUUACACUUGGGUGAAAUUGCAUAGGUUUCAGAGGAACUUCACAAGUUUUCUUGGAAUACAGUUGCAUUCUUAAGUUUAAAUGUGUUCCAAGUCUGAUCUCACAAUGAGAUAUUCAUUGAUUCACUGGCAGUGAGGAUUGGUCAAAUCAGUAUUCAUGGAGGGGAGACAGUCAUGCUGUUAAUGAAAAAUUUAUUUU